GAGUGGUUUGCAAUGCCCAGCUUGUGGUCAACGACAAUUUUUCUUCAAUGCCAAGCCAAACAAGAGUCGUGGGGGCGGUCGCGUCGAACGAAUGAGAGAGAAGCAUAACGGGACACGCAAACCAUGUGCCCCGAUGCCCACGUUAUCUAUUCCCGCCGUCCCAGCCACUUGCGACACGUGGCACGACAUGAGGACAAUGAUGACGACGGUGAUGAACACGAUGAUAGUGACGAUUACGGUGGUGAUGUUGAUCUGGGCGACGAUGUCACUGACGAUGAUGACGAUGUUGAUGACGAUGAUGAUGUCAAUGAUGAUGUUCGUGAUGAUGAUGAUUGUGAUAACGACGAUGAUGAUGAUGACGAUGAUGACGACGAUGAUGACGAUGUUGAUGAUGGCGAUGAAAACGAAGAUGACGAUGGCGGUGAUUUCAAUGACGGCGACGAUGUCGCUGAUGAUGAUGAUGUUGUUGAUGACGUUGAUGAUGUUGAUGAUGUUGUCGAUGAUGAUGACGAUGUUGAUGACGUUGACGAGGUUGAUGAUGAUGUUGUUGAUGAUGAUGAUGAUGUUGAUGAAGAAGAUGAUGAUCAUGAUGACAAUGAUGGUGAUGAUGAUGAUGAUGAUGAAGAUGAUGACGCUGAUGGUGGUGGCGACGAUGAUGGUGAUGAUGGGGGCGAUGAUGAUGAUGAUGAUGAUGGCAAGCAAGAAUCACCGGGCCGCUCGCGACUUGAAACAGUUCUUCGAGGAGGCGCAGUUCUUCAACGACGGCGAAGCGCACACGAUGGCGCAACUGUUCGACAAGGGAUCAGCGCAAACAGCGUUGGCCACUUGCUGACGCAGGAUGCAGAGACGAGAUGUCGAAGCGAAGACAACCGAACCACAGACGACAGUUGUCGACGAGAGGAAGCCCCUGCGCCCACGCCCGCCGCCGCCUGGCGCAACAGCGGAGCAGAAAAGGCGAUGGAGGAUAUCGCUGACGGGACGCCGAGCGCGAAUGCGCUCGUCGGGCUCGAGAUGCGAAAGGGCUGCCCCAGACCCGAGGCAGCUGAGCGUCCGACUGUCGUCGCACCCCACGGAAAGACCCGCGUGUUGCGUGAUGGAGGGGACCUUCUCGACACCACGCAUCUUCGAGUCGAUCUUCUCGAGACCACAGGCCAUGAGUGCCGAGACGCACAUUUGCUUAGCAGAACCUUUUCGUCCUUGUGCGAAAUCCGUGCGGCAUUUCAACGGUGUGACGACGAUCCACGGAGCGACCGCAGAAGACUUCGACGAGGACCUAUGGAUGACCGUCGUUCUGUGCAGGGACUUGACGACUGGGGCGAGGGCAAUUGGGCCAACAAUAUGUCUUCGUCCAGGGGCGAAGGGGAGCCUGCAGCGACCUCCGGGAUGGGAUCUGGGAAAGAUUCUACAAAACGGUCGUCCACAACCUCGAGGACGUGGUCCGACCACACUAGGUCGAAAUGGUUCGUCGACUGGUGCUGUGCUGAUGCUGCGAGCCCAGUCCAACAGCCGUGUGGUUCUGUGAUCUUCGUCGAAGCCAACAAGCGCCGCAGGGUUCUGGGGUUUGUCUUGCGGUGGGAGAAUGCGAAAGACAGUCGUCGACAGUUUUACAUGAAACAUGUGUACGGUUCGAAGGGGAACGUCGUCGCCAGUGCCAAGGGGGCAGUUCUCGACAUGUGUCUGUUCGAGGGGUUCGGAGCGGGUGUUGCGAACACCCCGUUCUACAACGACCUCCGGCGACAGGGCGGGUUUGUUUUGGGGCGAGAGUUUUUCGACCUGUUGGAGGACAAGGGCAUCGCCCUCGACGUCCCUUGCGAAGUCGGUCCCGACCUGGAACUGUCGAUGCCUUUGCAGCCGUGCGGCGGUUGUGAGUCGAGCGGGGCAGCGGGGGAGGGGGGUGAUCUGGGUUCCGGGGAGGCUACACAUGUGCAGUGGGAGGAUGCCAGAGGUCAGUUUGACGACAACAAAGAUGAGGCGAUACCUCGUCCGCCGUUUUCGCCGUUGAGGGAAAGAGACAGGUUCGUGCUGUCCAUACCUGGGGUCCGGCAACAGACCGCAGCGGAUCCCGAAGAAGAGGGAGUCCUGUGUGGGUCUGACUUGGAUCCCGCCGAGGACCAUGGCGCGGAAGGCGAGGCCGUGGGCGGGGAGGGAGCGCAGGGCACUCCCCAAAAAAGGAGGGGAGAAUGUCAAGAAGAUUUGGUGGGCUCUUCGAAGAAAGAGAAGACCAAGACCCCGAGGACUACGGGAGAGAAACGGAAGGGGAGGGGGGUGGAAGAGGGCCACCUGGGUAGCAAACGUCCAGCUUCGAAACAUAAACAGCCUGAGUCGGGACCUUCUUCACCACGGCCUGCCAUCGACGUGGACGCCGGGUACUUCCUGGAGUACAAAGACGGCGUCAGGACAAGGCGGGAGUUUGAGAUCAGCCCGGCUCAGAUCGUUGACAUAAGGGAGUGGGAGAAUCUUUACAACCAGCGGUCGCUAGAUCCCGUCCUCGUGGAAACGAUAAGGGAAGCAAUGCGGUUUGCGUUGGAAAAUAAAGAACAGACGUACGAGUUGCCGGUCUUCAAGCUCGCACCACUGGGGCUUCAAAAACCAACUCCUGGGACCAAGGCACAACGUCUGAAGCCAGAGGAGUGGAAGGAUGAGCUGGCGGGAGAAUACUACUACUACGCGGUGUGCGGGCAGCACAACGCGGCUGCAGCCAGGUCGCUGCUCGGCAGCGAGGUGGCCAAGAAAUUGCUGAGCCACGAUGGGGCGAAGCGGACCGUCAAAAAGAAGAAGGUCAAAAACGUAAAGCCUGGGGUCGCCUACAUCCACAACGACAAAUUGGGCAAAACGGAGGUGGUGUACAACAUCCCCGUGGACCCGCUGAAUAAAAAGGGCAAAAAGGAGAAAGAGGAGGGCGAUUGGUUCGUGCAAGUGCCAGACCCGGACGCGCAUUGUUGGAAAGCAAUGGAAUCACUCACGGACAAUGAGAAGUGUCGCGUUAUGAAAAAGGUGCUUGCUUGCGAGGUCGUUUGGGUCCAGGCCGGCUCCCCAUCGUUGGCGAAGUUGGGAAAGCUCAGCGUGCAGGACAUGGUUCAGCUGGUGAAGUGCGACCGCGUGCUGGUCCGGUUGUGGAAUUACUACCAAUUCAAACACGAGAAGAGGCCGGACGAGGACUGGAUCCUAAGGUACCCUUUCCUGAAAUCGAGGUCUGCCGUGUUCAAGAAGUUUGAAGCCUUGGUUGCUCUGGGCAUUCGCUCGGCCAGAAAGCCGAAGUUCGCCGGGAUCCGAACUACGUCGGGUGAGGAGCCGCCAGAGCGGUUCGGAAUGCGAAGCUGCUCGGGGUCGGGGGAUCCAAGCACGGAUCGAGAAAUUCGCAGCAUUGCGGCGCGGAACGGAGACGUCGGAACGGUGUCGCCCUCGCGGGAGCGACGGCCGCAAGGAUUGCAGCGGGAGGCUGCAAGUGCAGGGUCCGGCGACACGGAGACCACGAAGUCCGCCGAGAUCCGAACUUCGUCGGGUGGGGGGUGUCGGCCAGGGAUUGUCGUGCCGUUGAGAGGGGCAGCGUGCAUGGGGACGGAAGGGCGGUCCUCGCGAUUCGGCACGGGUACCACGGAAGGGGACGAGUUUUGUGGGAGGGAAGUAGGGGAGGAAAGGGAGGAACAGAAGGGGGCGCAAGAAGGGGAGGAAGAAGGGGAAGAAGAGGUGGAAGGGGAGGAAGCGGGAGAAACAGAGCUAAUUGAUUUGUUUGAAGGAAGGGAGGGUGCUGGGUCUGGAGAGGACGAAGUGGAACACAGUGAGGACGAUGCCGGAUCUGGAGAGUCGUCUGACGAGUUCGGACAACUGUACGGAGAGCAUCACGAGGAUGAUGUCGACGACGAUGCCACGGCAAUAGAGAUGGAGACACAAGUGGUCAGCAGCCUUUCCGCAGAGCCUGAAGAUUAUGCGGUCCGGCCACUGACGUCUGCUGUCGACUUGCAGCACCGGUUCGACGAGGCUUCCGUCGCUAUCAGCCCGUAUGAAAAAAGUCGGCGUAUAAGCAUCGACGAAGUUAUCGACGGUAUCCUCGGCGACCACAACGUGUCUGCCCGUCCGUCCGCAACUGCCAACGUCGCAUCUUCCAUGGUAGCUGCCCUCGCUUCGUCGCCGCUGAAGUCUCUGGUGCUGCAGGCCACCCUUGCCGCCGAAGGGGAAGCGAGUGCGGUGGAGGACAGUAUUUGACGUCCCCAAAAAAAUCGAGGUUCGGCGGUCAAGCUCUCGA